AUACCAUUGAUGAUUAAAAUGAGACCAAAGCGCGUCGAUACUCGUUUGAACGCACAUGCAAAGUACUCGAUUUUCACGUCAACUUGAACUUUGUAUUUUUGUCUUCGAUCGAGAUUUGCAUAAAAUGUGCAUAGCUUAAAUGUCUAUUUUGAUAGAUCGAUGAUGAGAGAAGGAGCAGAAAAUGGGAUGGCACCGACGCCAAUCGAUCGAUCAAAUUAGUCUCGCAUUCUUGUCGAUGUGUGCAUGUCUGUUUUUCUUGGAUGUUCUUUCUCUCCUUGUGCAGAUCGAUGAAUGCGCAGCUGCCCGUCAAAUUAGUUCGAUCGAUAUCAUUUGAAAGUUCCUAGGAGGGAAAUAAAGAAGGCGUGUUAUGGCUAGUAGCAAUCAUAUUGUUCAUCCAAGCUAAAGAAAUCAAUUUAUUUCUAUCACACUGUUUUCUCCUUGUUCAGUGAGAGGAAAGUUUGGGUUUAUCUUGUUUUUCGAAAUGUUCUAUGUAAAUACAUAGUGUCGAAUUAUUCGAUCAUCAAUCAUUUGUAAAAAUCUGAUUCAUCGAUAAUAUUUUCUAUUUUUUUUUACGCGAACAGAUCAAGUUGAAUUCUGAUUCGAUGAGUGGUGCAUAGGAGAUAAUAGCGACCCAAGGGGAAGAGUAGGUAUAAAAGUAAUAAAUUCUAACAAAUGAGUAACGUCUGUUGGUAUUUACAGAGUGAUUCUCUCUUGCGGAUUGGUUGUAAUAUAAAAUGAUUUCGUUAAAACUACUAUAUCAGUUGUCAUUUAUUUUCGUGAGAUUUCUACUGAAAAACGAUGGGUGCCAGACAAUCUCAAUACGCCAACCACAUCAGGUAAAAUGAGUUUGGUCAAUUUGAAAGAUUUGGUCGAAUCAGCGGCACAUAAAUGGUACAAAGAAAAUGAAAAAGAUUCAACCAAAGCCAAAUGGGGAAGAACAUAUAAUUGGAAAGAACUUGUUAAAGAAAUCGACUGGAGAUCAUUAAAAGUGCGUCAUGGUUCUGUGGUCUAUACGGAUUAUGAUAUGCCCGGUGCGCCGAAGAAUCAUAUAUUAUUCCGUUCAACAUUUCUGAAUGAUACAAAUCGAGAACAAGAAUACAAUCUGCGCGCGGAACGACGAACUGUAUCGACCUGUUCAUUUUCGAUAUUUGAAGGUUAUACCACCGAACAGUGUGCAUCGUUGGAGCUUGAAGUUCCGUUACCAAAAUGUGUUAUCGAAGCAAGCACUGGUUUUCGUCGAGAAUACGUCUUAGAACAAUCUCGUGAUAAACAAGUGGAAGAAGAAUUAACCUGGUCGGUGGAAUCAAAUAUUCGGAUUCCUGGCAUGUCUGAAACAACUGCAGAAUUAGUUGUGCAAGAAGAUGAAUAUCGUGGUUCGUUCGAAAUCAAAUCUUAUUUCUACGGUGAAAUACGCGUUAAAUUAUACAAAGAUUCACAAGAAAUCGUCAGCUUGGAUUUUGGUGAUUUAGAAGAUUUAUUCCCACGAGACAAAGGUUUUCGCAAGGAUAGUAAUGGAAUUUAUCGUAUAACUCGCGGAGAAUGCAAAGCCCGUUUUGGUGUUUCACAAAAAGUUGAAUUACAUGCCAAGCCAUUACCAACUCCGGAAACAUUUCCUCGGCCGAUUCUACAACACGAUACACGUAAGAAUAGUCUGAAAGAUCUCCCAGCACCAUCUGCACCAGUUACGGUUCUCCGUGAACUAGUUGCAACAGCAAAUUGA